CUUCUGGUAAAGUUUCGGGUAAAGUUUCUGGUAAAGUUUCGGGUAAAGUUUCGGGUAAAGUUUCUGGUAAAGUUUCUGGUAAAGUUUCUGGUAAAGUUUCUGGUAAAGUUUCGGGUAAAGUUUCUGGUAAAGUUUCGGGUAAAGUUUCGGGUAAAGUUUCUGGUAAAGUUUCGGGUAAAAUUUCAGGUAAAGUUUCUGGUAAAGUUUCGGGUAAAGUUUCGGGUAAAGUUUCUGGUAAAGUUUCUGGUUCGCCACCAUUUCUAAUCGAUGACAACGACGCGUGGCACCCUAUAGUUUCGGGUAAAGUUUCUGGUAAAGUUUCGGGUAAAGUUUCGGGUAAAGUUUCUGGUAAAGUUUCGGGUAAAAUUUCGGGUAAAGUUUCUGGUAAAGUUUCGGGUAAAGUUUCGGGUAAAGUUUCUGGUAAAGUUUCUGGUAAAGUUUCUGGUAAAGUUUCGGGUAAAGUUUCGGGUAAAGUUUCGGGUAAAGUUUCUGGUAAAGUUUCUGGUAAAGUUUCUGGUAAAGUUUCUGGUAAAGUUUCGGGUAAAGUUUCGGGUAAAGUUUGUGGUAACUUACCCUAA